AUGAGGAGUCCAUAUGCCGAAGAGGUUGAAUACUCAGAAAAGUUUGAUAUGGAUACUCAUGAAUACAGGUUUGUUAAAUUGACUCGUCCACUUUGUAAAAAACUCCAGCAAUAUAGAGCCUCAAGAGGAAAUGGUGCUUUAAUGUCUGAGGAAGAAUGGCGUCAUGUUCUAGGUCUUCAAAUGAGUCGUGGAUGGGUUCACUUUCUUGAUUGGAAGAAGGAACCAUGGGUUUUAUGUUUCCGCAGACCACAGGGAACCAAUCCCCAAACUGGUAAAGUGGAAAGUCGACAACUUUAA